AUGACCCUCCCCUCCCCCAUCCCCCCCACCCCCCCUCUCACAAGACACCGCUCCGACACCAUCCUCAGCACCUCCUCUUCCUCUUCCUACCCCAAGGUCCAGACACCAGAGACGCCGUCUAUUCUUAGCAGGUUGUCUUUUGCCGGGGCGGGUCACGAUUUGUUCCGGGAUGAGGCGAAACAAACGGGGAAGGAUCAAGGAUCGCUGGGGAUGUAUACGCUCAAGAGGAGGGCGAGCAGUUAUGAGUUUGGGGCUUUGCUGGGGGAGGCCGCUGUGAUCGAGAGGGGUAGGGGGACCGGAUGGAGUGGGCUUUCUGGGUGGGCGUUUGGUGCUGAUGAGGCUGGUCCGUCCCAUCAAGAGCAAGAGAGGGCAAACAUGCCUUUUGUCGAAAGCCCGACGGAGGAAUCGACAGGCUUUCACUAUCCCCUUCCAAAUGCCUCUUCUACGUCUCCCCCCGACGAGCCUUACUUCUCCCAUGUUCCCAGCGACCCACCCACAGAGCCGCCCUCUCUCCCCACCUCCACUCCAGCACUCACAGACAAGCCCGCCUCCGCCUCCGAACGCCGAUCAUCCUGGUUCCAGAAGGCCGCCCUUGACAAGCUCCCCCGAAGCCGCUCGUCUUUCAAGUCGUUCAGCUCUUCUGGACCUCAGCAGUCUACCUUCGGACCCAGCUCGCAAUCACCCUCCAUCGCUUCCAUCUCCGCCACCAGCCAAUCCACCCCUCCCCAUCCCCAUCCCCAUCCCAAACGCGAAAAGUUCCAAUCCCUCAUCUCCUUCUCGCGUCCUCGCAAAGCUUCGUACUCGUCGCAAUCGCCUUUCGCCGACGCUCCUCCGCCCCCGCCUCCCCAGACACAAGACAAUUCCAACCACGCGCCUUCUCACCCUGUGCCUGUGGCAGGGGGCUACAGGCCUUGGUCUCCACCGCCGAUGCUUCCGAGUGCAGGACCGAGCGGCGAGCAAGUCACAGUCCAGCGAUUCGACUUUUGUAAGCGGGGGCCGACCGGCGACGACGCGCAAUCGCCAGGAGCGGGGGAUGAAGAGUGGAUGGUCAAGGUGGAUAGGAAAGGAAAAGGAAGAGCUGUACCUCUACCUCCCCCUCUCGGGCUCAAUCCCCCUAUGGGGAUCCAUAACCGACAUCACAACCUGCCCCUUCCUGCCCAUUGUACCCCGUUCACGACGGGUGAGACGAAACCAAAAGACAAACCUGUAUCUUUGACGUUUGAACAGCUGCCGCAUGAGAUACGGGUGAUGGUGAUGCGGGGGGUGAUGGAAGGGUGGCCGGAGAGUUUGAGGACGAAGAUGGCGGGAGAAUUGAGGGGGAGGAAAGAGCUCAUCCGUCUCAGUGUCUCCAAAUCAUGGGAAUCCCUCUGCUUCGACGGCCAACUCUGGCCCCACCUAACCCUCUCCUCCUUCGCCCACCUCCUCCACCCCUCCACCCUUUUCCGCAUCCUCCGCCACUCUUCCUCCUUCAUCACCCACCUCUCCCUCCGCGGUAUGGACAAAGUCGGCGGGUACACCAUCCUCUCUGCGCUCGGCGGGCUCUCACCAGAUGGCUUGGAGCUCGGGCUCGAGACGAUGGACCUGCAGGGGUGUUUGGGUAUUUCGUCGAGGGAUAUAUGUUUGCUUGUUGCUCGGUCGGGUCGUUUGCGCCGGCUCUGUUUGCGGAGCGUGCCUCAUGUCACGGUUGAGACGCUCAUAUCGAUCUUGUCCAACGCUCCUUUGCUUGAAGAGCUCGACGUUUCUUACUGCUCCAACAUCCUCCUCCCCGACAUUGCCCAUGCUUUCGCCCACUCAUCGCACCAUUCUUCUCGCCUGCGGAAACUGCGUAUGGCGGGCGUAAACGGAAUGUUCCCAGAGGACAUCUGGACCAUCCUCACCGACUCUGGCGUCCUGCCCGGUCUCGAAGUAUUAGACCUUCAAAACUGCUCCGGCCUCUCCGAAAACACCUUCGCCCCCCUCCUCUCCUCCAACCCCACCGCCCUCUCCUCCCUCACCCACCUCAACCUCUCCUCCACCCCGCUCACCCCGUCCAUCUUCACCCACCUCACUCACCUCCUCCCCAACCUCCAAAUCCUCCAACUCGCGCGUAUCCACCGCUUCUACGACCCCGACGACGAUGACGAUGGACACGCCCUGGCGGAGAUGUUGAAGAGUAUGCCCAAAUUGAGGAAGGUGGAUUUGGAGGAUACGGCGGGGAUGUCGGGGGUUUGUGAUUUGGUGUUGAAGGUGAUGACGCCGGGGGAGUAUGCGUAUGAGGAUGGGGAGGGGGAGGGGGAGGGGGAGGUGGUGGGGAUGGAGUUGGAGGAGCUGAAUAUUGGGUAUGGAGAUGUGACUUCGGAAGCUGUUGUCGAUCUCAUCCACCGGUGUAAAAAGCUGCGUGUUUUGGACGUUGACAACACCUCGGUCGGAAACACCGUCAUGCGCGCAUUCAACCGCCACAUCCCCUCCCCCUCCCCCUCCUCUUCCUCUUCCUCCCCCUCACACCUCCGCCGCCUAUCCCUAAUCGACUGCCCCUCCAUAACAUCCCAAGCCUACGCCCCCCUCUCCCCCCGUACGCGCCCCCGCCAAGGCUGGCCCGGAUGGCAAGCCGUGCCCUUUGGCUACGACCCCACCGGGCACGGGGAUGGGGAUGAGAUGGCGGAUGAGAAGGUGGUGUUGAAGACGUUUUGGAGUUGGAGGAGGGUGGCGGCGCCGAAGGGGUGGAGGGAGGUGAGGAAGGAGGCUGAGAGGGUUGAGAGGGUUGCGGAGGUGGAGGAGCGGAAGAUGAAGGAUGUUGGUGCUGGUGCUGGUGCUGGAGAUGGAGAAAGUGCCGGGGCGAGACCGAUACCUAACGCGCGUGCGAAGGAGAGUGUAUCUAGGAUGAAGAUGAGGGGGAGUGAGAGCGACGGGCUGUAUGAUGAGAGGGUUGGUUGUGUUAUCGCUUAA